CAACCCGCCGCUCACACUCGCCUGACAAAAGCCGAGCUGAGAACAUCAUCCGCUUUGAGCGCACAGACACACUGAUUUCCAUUCACUCAGCGAGGUUGAGACGGGGGGGAGAAAAGCUCUGCUAUUCGUCAUCGUCUUCAUGUAGAAAUUGCAUUGACAUUUUUUUUUCCAUCCCCCUCCCCGUCUAUCAGCCAGCAAUUUCCAGUUUUUUGGUGACUUUUUGUGAAGAAGUGGUCAGUGUGUUUCUGCACACAGGAAGUGUUGGCUCUGCACCAGCCUGACGCCUAAACUCACAGCCGCGCGGUGCGGAAUUGAUUAAAACGGAGGCGCUCGGAUCAGAUGGCCGUGCUUCACACCGCUCAAACGACGAAAUGUUCUAUUACCCAGUUCAAGGAGAGGAGUUGCGCAAAUGGAGACCUUUUCUCUCUUUCUUGAUUUUUUAAUCCCACCGCCUUUUUUCCAGGCAGAUCAUUUGGGAAUGCUUGUAGAAAGUAAGGAGUAAAGUUUAUUUUAUUUUUUUUUCUCAUAUCAGCUUUGCCUUUUUUGAAGUGCACUUGCAGGGAGAGAGCAAACAUGAUUCGUUUGCUUUUUCUGGUCUCCUUCCUGGACGGAGCGCUCUCUCAGCUCCGCUACUCGGUGGCAGAGGAGCAAGAGCCCGGGACAGUGGUUGGGAAUAUCGCAGAGGAUUUGGGGCUGGACAUAACCAAACUUUCUGCUCGCCGAUUCCAGACUGUGCCCAGUUCACGGACGCCCUAUCUGGAAAUGAACUUAGAAAACGGAGCGCUUGUGGUGAGGGAGAAAAUUGACCGGGAAGAAAUCUGCAAGCAGACCAUCCCGUGCCUACUGCACCUGGAGGUGUUUUUGGAGAACCCGUUGGAACUCUUUCGCGUCGAGAUUGAAGUGAUGGAUAUCAACGACAAUCCACCCAGUUUUCCCGAGGCGGACAUUUCGGUGGAAAUAUCCGAGAGUGCCAUCCCCGGCACGCGCUUCCCAGUGGAGAACGCCUUCGACCCGGACGUGGGCGCAAACGCCCUCAGCACGUACGCCAUCACCAAUAAUAACAAUUUUUACCUGGACGUGCAGACUCAGAGUGACGGGAACAAGUUUGCUGAGCUCGUGCUGGAGAAGCCUCUGGACAGGGAGCAGCAAGCCGUGCACCGCUACGUGCUCACCGCGGUGGACGGGGGCAACCCGCAGCGCACCGGGACCGCGCUGCUCGUCGUUAAAGUUCUCGACUCAAACGACAACGCGCCCACUUUCGACCAGUCCGUCUACACUGUUAACUUGCGAGAAAAUUCCCCCGUGGGCACCCAGGUCAUUCAGCUCAACGCCACUGACGUGGACGAGGGGCAAAACGGGGAAAUUAUUUAUUCCUUCAGCAACCACAAUACCCCGCGGAUUAAAGACUUAUUUAGCAUCGAUGCCAGGACAGGCAGGAUAGAGGUGGCGGGCGAGGUGGACUAUGAGGAGAGCAACACGCACCAGCUUUACGUGCAGGCAAAAGAUUUAGGAGCGAACGCGGUCCCCGCUCAUUGCAAAGUGCUCGUGAAACUGGUGGACGUGAACGAUAACACGCCAGAGAUCGGCUUCAGCACCGUGACCGAGUCCGUGAGCGAGCAGGACGCCCCGGGCACCGUGAUUGCACUUUUCAGCGUUUCCGAUCGGGACUCGGGCGAGAACGGUUUAAUGAGCUGCGAGAUCCUGGGAGAUGUCCCUUUCAAGCUCAAGUCGUCGUUUAAAAACUACUACACGAUCGUGACGGACGGUCCGCUGGACCGAGAGGCGACAGAGUCGUACACGAUCACAGUGGUGGCAAAAGAUAAGGGCCAGCCCGCUCUUGCCACCAGCAAGUCCAUAAAAGUGCACGUCUCUGAUGAGAAUGACAACGCGCCGUGUUUUACGCAGGUGGUUUAUGACGUGUAUGUGACAGAGAAUAAUGUGCCCGGGGCUUUCAUUCAUGCCGUGAGCGCUUCAGACCCUGAUAUUGGACAGAACGCUCUUAUUACUUACUCCAUAUUGGAGUGCGACAUACAGGGCAUGUCUGUGGACACUUAUGUUUCCAUCAAUCAGGACACCGGUUACCUCUACGCCCUGCGCUCUUUCGAUUAUGAGCAGCUCAAAGAAUUCAGCUUCAUGGUCCAGGCGAAGGACACAGGAACGCCCGAGCACUUCUCAAAUUCCACUGUGAACGUUAUAAUAGUGGACCAAAACGAUAAUGCCCCGACUGUCAUCGCCCCUCUUGGUAAAAACGGCACGGCUAGGGAGCCCCUGCCACGCUCCGCCGAGCCCGGCUACCUUGUGACACGCGUCGUGGCCAUGGAUGCGGAUGAUGGCGAAAACGCACGGCUCUCCUACAGCAUCUUGCGGGGCAACGAGAUGGGCAUGUUCCGCAUGGACUGGAGGACCGGAGAGCUGAGGACCGCCCGCCGGAUCUCUCACAAGCGGGACUCUCAGGGCCAUUAUGACCUGCUAAUCGAAGUGAGGGACCACGGGCAGCCCCCCCUUUCAUCCUCAGCCAGUGUGAGUGUGAUAUUAGUGGACACCGUGGUCGAAGGUCGCAGCGGCGAUCGUGGCUCUGCCUCCAAGGCAAAGCAGACCUCCCUUGACCUGACGCUCAUUCUCAUCAUAGCCCUCGGCUCCGUGUCCUUCAUCUUCCUCUUGGCUAUGAUUGUCUUGGCCGUGCGUUGCCAAAAGGACAAGAAACUCAACCUGAACACCUGCCUAUUAGCCGGUGACUGUUGCAUGUGUUGCGGCUCCUGUUGCAGCAGGCACGCUCGAGGCCGCAAGCAGAAGAAGCUGAGUAAGUCCGACAUCAUGUUGGUUCAGAGUACCAAUGUGACAUCGGGUGUUGGGCCCGUGGGCCAGGUGCCCGUGGAGGAGUCGGGAGUGGGGAGUGUGGGAGGAGGAUUUGGCUCCCAUCACCACCAGAACCAGAACUCCUACUGCUACCAAGUGUGUCUGACACCAGAAUCUGCCAAAACUGAUCUGAUGUUCCUAAAACCGUGCAGCCCCUCACGAAGCAAUGAUACGGAUCACACUAACCCGUGUGGCGCUUUAGUCACUGGUUACAGCGACCAACAACCAGACAUCAUAUCCAAUGGCAGCAUUCUUUCCAGUGAGAAUAAACACCAACGCGCGGAGCUCACCUACCUGGUGGACAGACCAAGACGUGUGAACAGUUCGGCAUUCCAAGAAGCAGACAUUGUGAGCUCUAAAGACAGCGGUCAUGGUGAUAGUGAACAAGGCGACAGUGACCAUGAUGCCACGAACCGGGGCCACUCUACCGGUGCUGAUCUGUUCUCCAACUGCACAGAAGAGUGCAAAGCCCUGGGCCACUCCGACCGCUGCUGGAUGCCAUCUUUUGUCCCAUCCGAUGGACGCCAGGGGCCAGACUAUCGCAGCAACCUCCACGUCCCCGGAAUGGAUGCCACACUGCCAGACACUGAGGUACCCUCCUCUGUCAACCUCUCCGACCAAGUCGCCUUGACAUCGUCCACCGCUUCGUCCAGCGAUAGGUCAUUCUUCACCUUUGGCAAGGAUGGUCAAAGGUCACAGUCACACAACAGUCUUCACCACCACCUCCAUCCGCAACAGCAGCAGUACAGCUCCGGCACGCUAGAGAGGAAAGAAUAUGAUAGGGGGACCCUUCCAUACAAAUCCACUUUUUUCUCCCGCAAGAGGAUUUGCUAGCUCAUUCCAUGUGGACCUGUCAGAGACAGCGUGAAGUUCAGUCACAGACCACCACAUUCAUGAUAGAGACCUCAAACUAAGACAAAAAACAAAACAAAACAGAAAGCUGGACAACAACAACUCUGGAUUAAUGCCAUUUUCUCGGCUUUGCUUGCCAAAAAGAGGCAAAGAGAAUGACAUUCUGAGUAGCUGUGAAUCUUUCAGUAUCUGUGGAGCAUUCCAAGGCCUUAUUCCUCUCAGCAGGACUGAGAUCUGGGCUUGACACACUCUUUUGACGUUUUGGGGAUUUCAACGUUAUCAGCAACGGGUGGAGAAGUAGUGAAACAGGAAUACGACAGACCAUGAAGGACCUCCCACAUGUGAUUCGGACUCGGGAAGAGUUGUGUGUGCCUGUUUACAUACAUGAAGCGUUAUUAACUUGGACCAAUGUCAUGUGGAGCCCUUUGGCGUGUUCUUUGGUCACCAGUGAGUCAAAUGUACAAAGACAAUGACAUACAGUAUUGUGUGAGAGAGGGCUAGCUGGUGCUAUUCAGGUCUUUGAUGGCACAGGAAGAAAAGGACACAGAAAACGGACUACAAAUUCUGUGUUUCUGUUUUUGACCGACUGUCUUUAUAUACCUUUUCCGUUUCAGUUCUUUCUGUGUGGUUCAGUGUGCAGAAAUAUAGGGGCAUACAUAUUACAAUUUUGAGACGCAAACAGCAAAGUAGAGUCGCAGUCCUCUUCUGGAUGACUUUUUGCUGUCGAAAGCCAGCUUCAAGGUCAAGUCACCAAUUACCAGAAUGUUCUUACUCCAAGUGUUGAUUUAUGGAAGUGAAGUGAUAAACUACCAGGAUGUGAUUCUUUUAAUGCCCUCGGCCUAUACAUAAACAAUCAGACACAUUCUGUGGUUUUUAUCAUGUGUGAAAAGUGUUUACUGUGCUAUUUUAAAAAAGUUUUGAAUUAAUAUCAAUCUAUACAUAUAUAACUACAUCUAUAUAUGAAACUAUAUACAAACAGAACCGUUUUGUUUUCCCGAAAACUGUGUAACCAUUGGUUUUUACGCCUCGUUCAAUGAAGUAUUCCAAGUAAGAUGUAAUGGAGAGUUGUUCUGACUGGAAAGGAGGAAUGCUUUGACGAAAAAAAAAAGCAAA